CGCAGGGCACGUAGCGCAAGGACAGAGCCGUGUGAAGCCGCGCGAGGUGAGGACGGGCAGUCAGUACGGCGCGAGAAACGUGAGAGAGAAGGCGGUAGUGCACACGCGCGCGUAUACUUCAGCACAGCAAACACAGCGCAGAGAUCACUCGUGUCUGUGUUUGUUCUCUCUGUCAUCGUUUGUGCGAUUGUGUUGUUUUCGUGUUUGUGUGUGUGUGACUGAAUAGCACCCUUGCGUUAUCGGCACAAGUGUGCGACGGAAUUACUGUUAUCAGUAGAUUCGGUCGCCUUCCCAAGGCGGUAUCUUUCCAAGUAUUGCAAGUUGAUAAGCAUACCUACUGAUAAAACUGGAAGACUCGUUUAGGAAAUCAGCCCAAGCAGCCCUCCCUCCCCUCUAAAGGGAAAACAAACUUGGCCAAGAAAACCCACCCGCGUCCUCGCCGCCAUGGAAUCGUCGGCCGCCGCCCUCGUGUCGGAGAAGAGCUUGAGCAACCAUAGCCUCGAUGCCUUCGGCAGCAGCGACAGCGACGGCAGCAUUAACGGCUCCUCGGGCCAGGGAUCUCAGCUGCUGGUCCACUACCCUCGGCCAGCCACCGUCUUCGCCGCCGUCGCCAGCAUCAUCUUCAUCAUCGUGGGCAUAGCCGGUAAUUUAGUGACCAUCAUCGCCCUCAGCAGGAGUGUCAAGUUAAGAGUUCACGCCACCACCGCCUUUGUCAUCAGCCUGUGCGUCUCGGACUUGCUCUUCUGCUCCAUCAACCUUCCCCUCACCGCCUCCAGGUACAUCCAUGAAGCCUGGGUGCUCGGAGACGCACUCUGUAAGAUCUUCCCGUUCUUCUUCUACGGCAACGUAGCGGCGUCACUCCUCAACAUGGUCGCCAUCACCAUCAACAGGUACAUCCUCAUCGCGCACCACGGCCUCUACGACCGCGUGUACCGCCGCCGCUACAUCGGGCUGAUGAUCGCCUUCGUGUGGCUCUUCUCCUUCGGAAUGAUGGUGCCCCCGCUAGCCGGCGUCUGGGGGAAGCUGGGUCUGGACCCCCCCUCCUUCUCCUGCACCAUCCUCAAGAACAACGGCUCCUCGCCCAAGAAGUUCCUGUUCCUCUUCGGCUUCCUCCUCCCGAUGAUCGCCAUCAUCGGCUGCUACUCGGCCAUCUACUACAAGGUCCGCCAGUCACGCCUGAACCUCGCCGCCCACAGUGCCAACAGUUCCACGCCGGGCGCCAAGACAAACUCGUCUGCGUACGGUGCCCAGAUGGCCCGCAAGGAGGACCUGCGGCUCACCAGGAUGAUGCUGACCAUCUUCCUCUGCUUCCUAGUCUCCUUCCUGCCGCUCAUGAUCGUCAACGUCGCCGACGAUGACGUUGCCGUGCCCUCCCUGCACGUGCUGGCCUCCGUGCUCGCCUGGGCCUCCGCCGUCGUGAAUCCCUUCGUGUACGCCGUGACCAACCGCAACUACCGCACGGCCUACCGGAAGUUAUUUUGUACCCGUCGGAGCAAGCGCACGGGUCGGGCCUCAAAUUCGCAUUCCAAAAGCAACUCGUCACGCACUUUCAUUACUGACUGCCAAUACCACGCCUCGACAGGUCAGGUCACCAGCCCUGUCCUCUCUUGCCCUUCCCCUGAGGUGUGAGUCCAGCCCGCCGAACCUGGCCUCUCCUCGCCCCGGGCCGCCCUCAAACACGCCGCCGCCGCCCGCGCUUCCUGGAAGGGCAUCUCCGGCACAGCAGGCCACGGCGUCGCUUGGAUUUCCCCGCGAUGAACCCGGGUCGCCCACUGAGACGGCAGAGGCGGAGACACCCGCCAAUAGAGUCGAAAAUGGGUCAUCCCCGACGCCUACACCUCCUCCUCCUUCGUCAGACGAGGCUGCAGAAGCCAGGUCCUCGUCGCAGACCCCUGAACCCGGGCUCUCCCAGACUCAUCUACAAGCUUAGGCUAUCCUCUCUACUGGAGGAACUCGACAUCCCAUUCCUGACAGAGAAGCUGAAGGCGUCCGUCUCCACGCCGGGCUUGGGACUCGAGCCGCAUUCAGCGACGUCGAGCCACAACAAGCGGCCCUCGAGUUUCAUGUCGCCAAGGAGACUUCCGCCUUUCCUUGGCGCAUCUUUUUCGUCGUCGUCGUCCUCCAGCGAGGAGAUCGAGGCCGGGACGCCUUUGCCUGCGGCGUCGUCCACGCCAAAGUCGUUGGCCACAGUGUCGACGACGUGCGUCAUCGUCCACUCGCCCGAGCUGCCGACAGUCUCGGUCUUCGCGGCGCCGUCUGAAGACGCCGAGGGAAGUGAAACGGAACCUCAUUAAUAUUCACUAACUCGGAGAUGUUUCGAAUGAGGCAAGACUGCCCUUCGGGUGGACAAUGAAUAACACUUGAUAUCGUUUCUCGCUGGUUUUAUUGAAGAACGAUGAUUCUGUUACACUGUUUCAUUCAAUUCUCUUCACAUUAAUGCGUUUGUGUCUGGUAUAGAGAUGUAGCGAAGUGUGUUUGGAAAAUAACUUUUUAGUGAGUGUGCCAGUGAAGGGGUUAAAGGAGAGUCCUGUAAUGCCUUAGAUUUAACCACGAGGUACAAAGACGUUCCUGAAAAAGAAAAGGAAUGUCGCUUGGGACCAAAUAUACUGUAGGUUAAUAUUUGGAUGCUGCUAGUGAAACUGCAUGGUAAAAAGCGCUGAGUGUAUAUUAUCUUCUUUACUAUUUUAGUGAAAAUCUUGUGAAACCCAGGAAAAAUAGAAGCGUUACUUACGUUCAAUUUUAUUAUAUUUUUUCUUUCUUUAGAAAUUAGGGUACGCAGAUUUAUAGUUUUAUAUCGCAGGAGUGCGUUUUGGAGAGCAAAAAUCUCUUUUGAUAAAUAGUCAUUCCGUUGGAACCGCGCAUCUCAUAUUGUACAUAGCUGAGAGUCCAUUCUAUCCAUCACACGCACACGCACACGCACACGCACACGCACACGCACACGCACACGCACACGCACACGCACACGCACACGCACACGCACACACACACACACA